AACCUUACAGAACAUAUUGAUGAAGCUUGUCAAGGAAAUCGUGAAACGUAACAUGCCAAAAAUCAUUAUCCGUAGACAAGGAGUGGCUGAUAAUGAGAUCGACAUUGAUUACUUAGCUGAUUUGAAACCCCCUACAUUUCAAAAGCAGGAAUAUGAUAACAAUGAUUCUAAUAGUGAUUCUGAACAAGAAAAUGAAAUCGAUGAAGACGAACCAGCCGAACAGAGUUUAGAGGAUGAUAGAAAUAAUUCAGAACAAGAUUCGGACUCUAAUUUAGAUGAAGGCGAUGAUGACGAUGAUUACGAUGAACCACCAGGAGGUGGGGAUGGUGAGGGGGGUGGGAUUUUAGGUCUACUGGCUGGGCUCAGUGGAGGUGAUGGUCAGUCAGAUUUAGGAUCUCUUCUUGCGACAAUCAGUGGAAUUAUAGCUAAUUUAAGUGGUGAUGGCAUCGACCUUAAUGCUCUUAUUGCAUCCGGUAUAGGACUGUUCGUUGGAUUAUUGUCUGAAGGCGAAGAGAAUCCAGGAGCUAUAAUAGCGAGUUAUCUUCUUACGUCAUUGGAUACAAUCACCGGCGGUGGAGCAAAAAAUAAUGGAGCAUUCUUUGGAAAAUUCUUAUCGAAGUUGGUUAAGGGCACGAGCGCUGCAGGAGAUCCAGAUGCAAGUUCUGAAGAAGAAGACAAUGGAAACAAAAUGAUUAUGGCAGACUCUGCUGGAUUUUUCCUAAGCUUCAUAACGUCUAUCCUAGGAGAUAUGUCUAAGAGCAGCUCUAGCUCCCACCCAUGGAGAAGAUAUUUUAAAGAAAAUUAUUGAGACUGUUUUAUUUUAGUGAAUAAGUUAAAAUAUAUGUUACUCAUAUUCUGCGUUUUUCAG